CAGAAUUUAUGGAUCGGCGCGUACGUCUUGGGAGUCGUGAUCAAAUGCAUCCGAUCGACAAAUUCUUGGAAAACUACUUGCUUUUUCGAAAGCACACGGUGAAGGACAGCAGCAACUUGUUUCGCGUUGUUGCGGAACAGCUAUAUGACACCCAGAUGCUCCACUAUGAAAUCCGGAUGGAGUGUGUACGCUUUAUGUUCCGCAAAAGGCGAUUCUUUGAGCCCUUGAUCCAAGGGGACUUUGAUGAAUAUUUGUCGCAUUUACAAAAUGCUCAAAAAAAGGGAACAAUGUUGGAGCUGCGUGCCCUAUGCCAUUUAUAUAAGCGCAAUGUUGCGUGGUACACACCCUUUGAAUUGGGCAAAGUUAUUGUCUUCCACAAGAAUUACACCGAAAAAUUCUGGAUCUUCUCGGACGGGCAGGGUAAUUUUGACUCUGUCAUCUCCAUGACCGAGGUCAGCGCAGCCGCAGUUUGUCAGGCCAUUGCCUACAAGCUACUCUACAAGAUGCUCUUUUGCCUACCGGAUGUCAACCUGGCCGUUGAAAUGAUGCUGUAUCCCCAGACCUUUGAGAAUGGAAUCAAAAUUGAGAUUGAUAAUAUCGAGGGUGUAAUCCGUAUGCUGUGCUCCAAUGGACGCAGCUUUAAACUCGAUCGCCCGGAGAACACCGUCUGUCUCUUGGCCGACUACCGUAGGUGCACGUUCCAUUAUCGCUACUGGGAGAAUUUGAACAGCCUGCAUGAGGAUAAUCUGUCUUGUGUGCGCCUCAUUCUUAAAAACAAUCGACUUCCGUUUUCAUAUUCGAUAGCCAAAUCAAUGGAUCCCUUUAUUUAUCGAAAUGUGGAGCUAAAGUUUUCCCGAGAGUUGAAAUACCUGAACGUCUACACCGGAGACUACAAUUUCAAAGUGGGUGCCAAGUGCCAUGUUGAUUUGGACACUGAUGAACUGGGAGAGAUGAGCAUCUGCCACAUACAGGCCAUCAACCGAGACAAAACCUUGUGCGUGGUCUUUGUUGAAAGUUUGGGUAGAACGUUGACAGUGCCCUAUGAAACCCUCCAUCCACUUCCUCCAGGUCAGUUUAAGCCGUGGCCACGCCCACAAAACCUGGUCCGUAGCCAAGUGCGACGGGAAAAUACUCCGCAACGCACACCGAUCGUUAAUCCAAUGAGCCGAAUUAUUCAACGGAGUGUAAUAAAUGCUCCGGAACCAUCCACCGAUCCGAUCGCCCCUGCAGAAUCACUGCAGAUCAGUGAGAUUGAUGCGCCUUCACAUCAGCUGCCGCCAAUCCAGGAAAAUGUAUUCGUACCCCAACCAAACACGCCAACUCAUCAGAUGGUCCCAGUUCAUAUGCCUCCCACUGGCUGCUAUCCAGGACCAACUCCAAAUCAUAUGCAUUCCGGGAUCAAUCAUAACAACCAGCCGAUGGUACCGGGGCCAGUUUUCCAUCCGCCUUUUCCUGGCCACUAUGUUAUAAGGCCGCCAGUGCCAUACGCCUUUUAUCCAUCUACAGGCGUAGGUCCACAAACUGUACUAGUUCCGUAUCCAAAUAAUGUGGCCACUCCAUCGCAUAACGACGUGCCGGCUAACCCAACUUUUUUCACCGAAAAUAAUUAA